UUUAAGUAUGAAUAAUGUGCAUGAGCUAUUCCAAGUUGAUCACGGAACGAAUCUCGCUGUUUGAUGCCUUAUAUCAUCUUCAGACCGAUUGAAAUUGAUUGUUCUCUGCAAUAAAUGAAAAAAGCGUUGUUUCAUUUCCAAUUAACUCCAAGCCAAAUUCAUCUUUGUUUCCAGGAACUAAACUUAGCCAUAUUUGUUAACAAUAUUUGAGCAUUUGUCUGCGUAAGGCGUGUUGUUGGUCCUAGCUAGCAGCCCGGUGUAGGCAUGACGGGACGUCGUGAUGUGGCCGGGGUUGUGGCGGGCGGUCUGGCGGUGUUGGUGCUGGCGUCCACACUCGCCACGCUCUUCUCGGUGGUCCUCCCCAGCAGCGUCGUGUCUCCUGGCACGAGCUGCAUGCGCAAGUGCGAGGAACGCGAUUCCAGAAUCUGCAGCUUCACCUUUGCUGUUCAUAAUUACCAGACACUCUCCCGAGCUUGUGCUGAGUGCCCGAGCAACAGAACACAGUGUGGACAACCACACUGCGUUCCUGCUAAUGGCGUCCGAAGACUCAUCACUGUAGUGAACCACCAGCUCCCUGGUCCUGGUAUCCACGUGUGCGAGGGCGACGAGAUAAGAGUGGAGGUUGUUAACGAGUUGCCGUCUGAGGGCGUGUCUCUGCACUGGCAUGGGCUGAACCCUUCCCCUUACAUGGACGGCGUGCCCGGCGUGACCCAACAUCAUGUCGCCCCCCACCAGAAGUUCGAGUACUCAAUCACUGCCGACCGCCCCGGCACUCAUUUCUGGCACUCGCUGUCCGGUUUCCAGUCUGGCGACGGAGUGUUCGGGCCGCUGGUGGUGCGGCGACCACGAUCUUUGGAGCCUCACGUCGAACUUUACGACCAUGACUUGCCGGAACACGUCAUCAUGGUGCACGACUGGAUGCUUCUACCAACCCUGGAGAAGUUCACCCUGCACCAUCACAGCGGGGCCGACCACUACCCUGACGACCUACUGGUCAAUGGUAGAGGAAGAUUUGAGAAAGAUGGAAAAAGUACACCCGACUCACGCAAGGCAUCUUAUGCAGAAUUUCACUUGAAAAAAGGUGAACGCUACAGACUUCGUGUGGUCAGCGCGGCGUUCAUGAACUGCCCCAUCGCGUUCAGCAUCGCCCGCCACCGGCUGCUGGUGAUCGCUUCCGACGGUCAGGACAUCGCGCCCUACAACGCCUCCAGCGUCCUGCUCUUCCCAGGCGAGCGUUGGGACGUGGUGGUGCACGCUGACCAGCCACUCGCCAGCUACUGGAUGGAACUGAAGGGCUCGCUGGACUGCAGCGACCUGACGCAACGCGCCGUCGUGCGCUACUACGGCCGCGACGCGCGCGAUCUCAGCCCCGACGACCGCGCCGAAGAGCCUGUGUCGGACAUCUACUUACAUGGCGGCGGCAAGCAAGUGAACCCACUGAGCGGCGUAUGUUCGGGCUCCAACACGUGCCUCACAGACCUGCAGUCACUGUCUCCUCUGCCUCACCACCUCGCAGACGUGGCCACCACACACUACCUUAACUUCAACCUACGAUACCUCGACAACCCUAACUAUUAUCACCCUCUUCUUUACUCUAUUCAAGACGAAAACGAAGCGACUCGAGUGCCGUCACCCCAAAUCAACAACUUAACCUUCCGAGCUCCACCGUUCCCUCUGCUUCUCACGCCAGCGCAGCCCUCACAGGAGUCUCUGUGUAACACGCAGGCUUCACCCACUCACUGCCACAGAGAUCUGUGUCAGUGUCUGCACGUCAUCGACGUACCUCUGCUACAAGUCGUCGACAUCGUCCUUAUAGAUGCUGGAGGCGUGAGCAAUCACGGCCAGAGCGUGCACAUGCAUGGCAACGCCUUCAGGGUAGUAGGGAUGGGCGCGCUGCCUCCUUCGUCCUCCUCAGAAUCAGACUCUGUCCUGAGGUCGCAAGUUAUUGCAUUAGACGAACAAGGGCUUCUGCCGCGCAAUCUUGACACUCCCCUUGAGAAGGAUACCGUGAUGGUGCCUAGAGGGGGCUACACAAUCAUAAGAUUCCGCGCCGACAACCCAGGUUAUUGGUUAUUGCAGUCACAGAUCCUCUUCCACCACACCGCUGGAAUGUCGGUCGUUUUGAAAGUCGGCGAACGGUCGGACUUUCCUGCGCCACCUUCCAACCUUCCACGAUGUCCAUCGUAGACUAGCACGCUUUUAUUCAUAGUUUUCUGUGUAUUAUUAUUUUACUAAUUUUCUUAUUACAACUGAAAACUCGAAGAGAGCUCGUACAGCCCAUAGUGCUGAUAGUUAAGAAGGCUGUCAACAUUCGGUAGCAUGUAUGAUAUUUUUUGGCAUAUGUCUAGGAUUCCUUCUAGAAGCACUGCGAUAUUAAAAGUCAUCUGUGUGAUUUUUUCUUCUAUUUGAAAUUAUUUACAGGUCAGGAAGAUAUUCCUGAUAUCUUACCGUGCUUUUAAUACAAAAAUAAGUGAUCUCAACGAGGCGCAAGAUAGGUUCAUUUAUUAUUGCAUAUUUAUUCUGCAAAUAGAAUUACCAGAGGAAAUUAAAAGCUUUCCUUAAGUUAUAUUUUCGAAAAGUAGUGAAAGUCGUGCGUGCAGUUCAUUGAAUAGCUUCGUCUAAAGUCCUUGAUCAUGUAGCGCCAAAGAGGACGACAGGAAUGGUUAAAAAAGUGUCCAAAAUAUCAGCUCGGUCUGAAACUUUUGAGACCUGACAGCCAUUGAUAAAGUUUGCAGCAUUACUCACGAGGGGUCAAAAGUGGAAGUUGUUUUAAUUUUGCUAGGGGUUCUUACUGGCUCAGUAUACAUUCAAUCUGUUUAAGAUUGAAUAUCUCAAUUUUUUUAAUUAAAUGUAAUAUCUCAAAAUUCUAUCUGUUGGUACCUGUAGGUCCCAGAGUGUGGCAGUUUAUAAGUAUCAAUUCAGAAGGUAAAGUGCGUGCAAUACUUGGAAAACAAUUAAGGUAUGGAAUUUCCUUGAGCGUGCAAAUUUGACCAAUGAAACUCUUGAUUUGUUAUUUGUUUGCUGUAGUCUUGAUUGAAUAGAUAACACACCUAUUAAAGCGUCGUCCAUUUAGCAGGUUUUCAGCUUCACUUCCCGAAAAUUGUACCUGUUGAGUUUGUAACUAUAAAUGUUUGCACUAGAAUUUUUUUUUUUUUGCGUGGAAACUGUGCUGUGUGAUUUUUUCUUAAACCUUAACCUUUUUCAUUCUGAGUGCUUGUAGUCAGUUGACCAUUCCUUAUAUUUAUAAGGCGAGAAAAAUUAUAUGUAAAUAAUAGAUCACUGCCAAACCUCGUUAAAAAAUACUCCUAAACUCGAUGAGGUUGAAUGUGAUGCUCACCGAGCGAUCUCCCAUGAUGGCAUUUGUUCUUAGCAGAAGUUUAGUCACAAUUUUAGGAAUUAAUUCAUUGCUUUUUAAGUCUCCACGUAACCUGAUUUUAAUUAUUUCUAAGUGGACAUCGUUCCUAUUUGGUAGAGAAGAAUUCGUUAUGCGGUUAGUUUUGUAACAUGUGUUAACGUAUUGUGUUCUCCCAUGCUCAUGUCUAUUGCUGCAUUAAUUUUUUUCGAGAAAUUAAUUCUUCUGAUCACAUUUUUUGUAUUGUGCAAUUGAUAUUUUGCUAGAGUAAGAAGAACAAUGUUUCGUUGGCAGCUUGAAGUAAAUUAAAAAAAAUUAUUGAAUAUGAUUAUGAAUCUUAAUUCUCAUAUUUCAAUUAAACUACCGAAGUGUCCAGGUGUCAAUUGGGAGAAGCAAUUUUUUACACUGGCGAUUAAAUAAAAAAUUUACAAUCUCAUUAUAGUAGCCAUAUUUUUUGCACUUCGAAUUAAGCUGUUUGUUCUUUUUCCGCUUCCAUUACGUGAAAAACUGUUUAUGUUUGCUCCCGGGAAGUAACAUAAGUUAAAUGUAAAGUUGGGCAUUAUUGGCCUCCAAAACGCACCCGUAACUUUUCUAGCAUUUUAAUCCAAACAAAAAAAAAAGACAUAAGAACGAAUUCAGCAUUAUAUAAAUUGAUCAUUAGCUGGAGACUUCUAUUGCUUGGUGCCAUCUCGACUGGUGCAGUAGAUUGCUUCUUGGAAGAGCUAUGAUUUGGGAAAAAUUUUUGCUGGUUGUGGAAAAACGAAGGAAUGCCUGUUCUAUGUCAUUGAACGCGCGAUAUCUUGUUGAUUAUAGAAUCUAUGAUCUUCCCGGGAGUAAAUAUUAAUGUGAUAUGUAAAUAUAUAUCCGAGUUUGAGGUUAGUGAAAGCUAGUAAAGGGAAAUUAACUCAUUUUAGAUUAGUAUUUCUAUUGUUGAUCAGAACAACGAACAUUAAUUCAUGAUUUUAUGUCUUCGAGAACUGUUUGUGGCCACUGUUUAGUAUUAAAUUUUUAACCCUUGACCAAUGAACGAGUUUUAAAGGUAUUGGUGGCCUUACCUCCAAGUUUGUUGUUCAAAUAACAGAGACAUUCUGAUUGUGGUUAGCUUUUUUCGAGAAAGAGUAACGACAAUUUUGAUGCUUGAUAUUGCUGGAAGAUUACCCGAAUUAUUUUAACAACGACACUAAAGGCUUUCUUGUUUUGUGUUCAAUCUUUCUAUCACUUGUCAUAAAUGAUUUUUCGUUGCG